UCAAACAUUAACGAAAAAAAACUUUUUCAUAAGGCAUCGUACAUCAUGAGUCCAUUAAUAGGGAGUCUCCCUCGUUAUUUCUGUUGCCAAUAGAGUUAAUGCGCCCAGGAGAUAACUAAACCCCAGUAAAACGCAGUCGAUCUUAUCGGAGAUUGACUGAACUUUGACUGGGAGAUUCGAUGCUAAUAUUUCACCAUAUGACAGAUCGGAGUCCGUCCCCAACGCUCCUCUAACUGCACGGAGUGAAUAAGUGGAAUUGGCUGAAUUAUCUCCUGCGUUUUCUCGUCCCUUGGCUUUUUGGACGCCCCCCACCCCUUCCAGCUCCUCCUCCCUCUGUUUUCCAAGUGGAAAACUCUCUCCGCUCCCAGUGACUGUCCUGGUGCUGAAGGACAAGGUGCCGGGGAUAUUCAGCAUGCUCGGUUCUGGAGCCCUGCUCUUCCUCGUCCUCCUCACCCUUGGGGAGACUUCAGUCCUCGGCGUCCAGGGGCAGAGCGAGUCUCAACAUGCCGCUAAGAUGCAACCGACCCGUGCAGGACCGAUCGCGCCCACUCCCCAGGGUAUCUUCAACUCCAGCGCCGCCGGCCAGAACGGGAGCCGGGACAUGAACCGCCCCAUGUGCAAGCAGCGAACAGAGAUUAAGGGCACCUUCAAAUACAUCAACACCAUCGUCUCUUGCCUGGUGUUCGUGGUGGGGAUCAUCGGCAACUCUACCCUGCUGAGAAUCAUUUACAAAAACAAGUACAUGAGGAAUGGACCGAACAUCCUCAUCGCCAGUCUGGCUCUGGGAGACUUGCUGCACAUUAUCAUCGACAUCCCCAUCACUGUGUACAAGCUCCAUGCUGAAGACUGGCCUUUUGGAGUGGAAAUAUGUAAACUGAUGCCUUUUAUGCAGAAAGCAUCUGUUGGCAUUACUGUUCUCAGUCUCUGCGCACUCAGUAUAGACAGGUAUCGAGCAGUGGCAUCUUGGAGCCGUAUUCAAGGGAUUAGAGUUCCCAUGUGGACCAUGAUCGAAAUCAUUCUCAUCUGGGUCGUGUCGAUUAUUUUGGCAGUUCCAGAGACUAUAGCCUUUGAUCUGGUAAAUAUGGACUAUCGAGGAAAGAGAUACAGUGUCUGCUUGCUUCAUCCCGAUCAAAAAUCACAAUUUAUGCAGUUCUACAAGGCAGCAAAAGACUGGUGGCUGUUUGCUUUUUAUUUCUGUAUGCCUCUCGCAUGCACAGCUCUGUUUUAUUCUUUAAUGACUUGUGAGAUGUUAAGGAAGAAAAGUGGGAUGCAAAUCGCUCUGAAUGACCAUCUGAAACAACGUCGUGAGGUAGCAAAGACUGUGUUCUGCUUAGUCCUCGUUUUUGCCCUCUGUUGGCUUCCACUUCAUCUUAGUGGAAUUUUAAUGAAGAUAUUCUACAAUGAACAUGAUCCCAACAGAUGUGAACUACUGAGUUUCCUCCUGGUGAUGAACUACAUUGGCAUCAAUAUGGCUUCCCUCAAUUCCUGCAUCAAUCCAAUUGCACUCUACUUUGUCAGCAAGAGAUUCAAGAACUGCUUUCAGUCCUGCCUUUGCUGCUGGUUCCCGAGGAAGACUAUGAUGCACGUGUUGCCCCUGGAUGAGAAGCAGUCCUGCAUCAAGUGGAAGUCAAAUGGCAUCGAUCAUGGCCUGGACCACAGUAAUUCACGUUCCAGUAAUAAAUACAGUUCAUCAUAAAAGCGAGGCAGUCUUCCACACAUCCAUCUCAAGGAAGAAUGCUGGCACUGCCUAAAACUGUACAAAAAAUUGCAUUGCUACCAUAGUGAAAGACAAAAGCCCAAAUUGCAAACCAUACUCCUCUCCCAAAGGAAGGGCCGAUGCGGCAAUGUAUUCCAGAUGCAUACAUCAUGCAAGGAAACACCAUCUAGAAAAGCUCACAUAGUCUUUAAGCAUUCACUGCAGCCUAUAAAGAGUAAAUAAAUAUGGAAGAAACUGAGGACAGACCAACGGACAGGGAAAACCAUUGUUAAGGCACUUGAAUGGUCUGACUCUGCACUUUGGGGUCACCAGAAUGUUUCUGACUUCUAAGCUGAUCUGUUGCAAAAUAUAUUACUGAAAAAUGAGCCUGAGCCACAAGAUUGGAUGACGAGGUUUCAACUAGCAUGUAUUAUAUGCUGAGAAAUGGGUUUCAGUAAACUGAAUAGGUCAUAUUGUCUAGAAAACAAUUUUCUCAAACUUUCUGAGCAAUAUUUUAUUCAUAAAAUGGACUUUGGGCUGGACCCAUUGCCUUUUAUACUUUAUUUACAUCUUACUCAUAUACCUGGUAUACAUGGUAAAGAGAAUUUUAUUACACCAUCAUGGGAGUUGCAUCAACAUCAUAAGGCCUUGUGAUGCUAGAAGACACACAGCAAUUAUUUGAAUAAGUAAUAACAUUUAAUUCCCAUUAUCCAAAAUAUAAAAACAAUUGGGCUGUGUAUAUUCACAUGUGAUUCUACACCCAUAAUGAAUACAUAUUAAUCUUUGGCAACAUUCUAUAAUAAAGGUUUUGAUGCAUUGACCUACUUAAGCAGUUUGAAUUGCUGUUCCUGGAAGAACACUCUCCCUCUCUGCUUGCCCAUUGCUCACUUAGUGAAGAACUAUUAAGGGGGGGAUGGAAAUUCCCUCUGUUUUCCUAUUUGGAGAGAAAUUUUGAAUGCGAUUGUAGCAAAGUUGCAAAGAUUUCACCACGAAUAGCAAAGAGGAAAUUCUCCUCCCUCCUGCAACCCUCUACCGCCCCCGCCCCCAUCCCCCCCACUGCCUUUUAUCAAUACCAUACAGCAGGAGUUACCAGGUUAUGUUAGUAGUUACAACAAUCAUGAUCGAUCUUUCAACACCCUGGCUCUAACCAGAGGCGAGAAAGGCUUCUUCAUCUUUGAGCAGACCAGAUUGUCAGCAAAUUAAAUCAUAACUUGGACUCGAAACGUCGACUCUUUUCUUCUCCGCCGAUGCUGCCAGACCUGCUGAGUUUUUCCAGGUAAUUCUGUUUUUGUUUUGGAUUUCCAGCAUCUGCAGUUUUUUGUUUUUAUCUCAUAACUUGCCUGUCUAUUCCAAAAAGGUGCAUUUAACCACAACAUUUUGCAGUAUUAUUUUGUUAAGAUAUUAAAUGUAUAUUUUUUAAAAAUCAUUUUGAAAUACACUUAUUUAACAUUUACUUGGCACAUAGUUGAUUCAUAGUGUUAUAUCAUUGAUGAGAACUAAGUACUUCCUGAAUUUCUUGUAUAUAUUGUUUAUAUGACACCUACAUUUUCAAUUAAAUUAGCUAUAAUACAUUACUGAACAUAAAUUGUUCUGGCCAUAGUUUGCAUAUUCCAGCAACUAUUCUGUUAUUGCUAAAUGCCAGAAAUGUAUUGAAACAAAUGGUUGCUUCAUGUCCGAGAAUGUGACAAUGUUUUCAUUUCAAACUGAUGAUUUAUGCUUAUUAUUCUCUUCUGUAUAUUUCUCAUAAUCAUUUCAGUAAUUUUAUUGUAAAGCAUUGUGUUUUUCUUUCUAAUGCCUUUAACCAGUACAAAUGUGAAUGUUUCAUACAGAAUAAAUUACAGUUUAUUAGUUA